AAAUGAGUGAGGAGGUAGUGCCUAAGGUGCCUCAGUGUCAGAAUCAGGUAAAGAUAGAUAAUAAGGAAGAAGGGAAAGCAAGCUCUCAAAUAUCUGCCUAUUCUCCAGUCAGGGAGUUCAGAGUCCCGAUAUAUGAACUUUUCCAGCAAGGAAGGAUGAAUUUUAACAAAAUAAAGCAUAAAGGGCCUAAGCUGAUAAAGAAGAAUGGAACAACAGUCAAAUUAGCAUCUUCUACUUUUCACAAAAGCCAAUGCGACCGCAAAUAGAUCUUACAAUAAUAUUCAGAAAUAACUUGUUUGAAGCAGAGAAAGUGUAUUAUGCUUCAAGAAUAGAAAGCAUGGUCGGGAGAUGGUCCCGAAGAGCAUCAGACCACCAUCCAACACUAAACCCAAUAAGUAUGAUGAAACAUCCAAGUUUUAAUCAAACAGGAAUAGUGACACCAAAAUUAAAUUCUGCGAUAGAAACUUAUUUAUUAAGUCCAGGCAAGGAUACCUUCGCAGGAAUGAAGCCUGUCUUCACAAACAACACUAACCAGCUCAAAAAGGGUGAAAACCAAAUUGUCCCAACAGAGCAUCAUCUCAGAUUUCCGAUAUUCCUGAACCAGCUUCCGAAGGAUGGUCUCAAAAAGAACAUGUCUAAGUACAAAGAGAUUCUUAAUAAAUUUGUCAAGAUUGAUAAAUAAGGUCAAUAGAGAGUUUACCAAGACAUUGUCCUUACAAGUCAACAGCAAGACGAAAUGAAAAAUACCUAAGCUAAUAUCCCCUCAGAUGUCAUGUAGUAAUGAAAGAGCACCUCUAAAAGAAAGUAAGCAGAAGAGGUUGACCAAUUUUGCCCCAACAAAGACAUUGAGACAGAAGCAUUUGAGUUUGACAAUUCCUAAAAGUUCGGCAAACAAAACCAAUAAAUUUAUGCUUGAAAAAGUGAUCAAGAAGUACAUAAAGAAUUCUUUAAGGCGAGAUGAACAGUCUUUGAUUCUCUAGCAUGUUCGUAAUAUUAAGAUCAGUUCCAUAUUAAUCCAGUAUAACUUUUCAAUU